CAUUACCGAUUCCUGAAAUCGGAGAACCGACACUUUAGGAAUGGACUUCCAGCUCUUUGGAGAGCGAAGGCACAUGUGUAAUGUCGGUCCGAAAAAGUGGUGAAUAUAGCAGCGAAACGCUUAGAAAGUAGAAUUAGAAACGCAUGUAGAAACUCUGGGAAAGAGGUAUGGACACGAACCCCUUGAAUUCUGGACACAACGACACAGACGCGGCGGCGGCGGCUCACACCAACUCGAGCAGAAACCUCCGGAAUUCAUGCAGUACCGGCUCCAGCACGGAGACUUUAGACAGUCCUACAGGUGCUCAUGUUGAAUGGUGCAAACAGCUAUUUGCAGCCACAAUGUCAAGUCAAAAUCCUGGAGCCAUCACAUCAGAGGCUAUGUCUCGAGACUAUAAGGAUUAUGAUGGUGGAAUUCUCUUGGACAGUGAUGCUCAGCAUAAAGACGUCUGCUUGGCACUGAGAGAAGGCAAUAAGCAAGCAAUGCUGGAGGAGGCUCCACGUGUGCCUGGAGAGACCAUCAAAGCUAUUGAAAAAAAUGUUAUGUACAUCUGUCCUUUCUCUGGAGCUGUGAGUGGCACAUUGACCAUCACCGACUACAAGCUUUACUUCAAGAGUCUCGCUCGAAAUCCUCCUUUUGUACUGGAUGUAAACCUGGGAGCUAUCAGCCGCUUGGAGGUUAUCGGGGUGCAAAGCCAUGGAGAGAACACUCAAGGUCUAGAGAUAGUCUGCAAAGACUUGAGGAACCUAAGAUUUGCCUAUAAAAAGCAGGUACAGAGCAAGUUGGAAAUCUUUGAGACGUUGUCCAAGUAUGCAUUCCCUCUCUCCCAUGACUUGCCUCUCUUUGCAUUUAAAUACCUGGAGAAGUUUCCAGAAGAUGGAUGGAAGGUUUAUGAUCCUAUAGCUGAAUACAAGAGACAGGGUCUGCCCAAUGAGAGCUGGUUUAUCAGUAAGAUCAACAGCAAUUACGAGGUGUGCGAGACAUACCCAGCCCUGCUUGUUUUGCCAUCCAGCAUCAAUGAGGACGAGCUCAGGAGAGUCGCUGCCUUCAGAGCCAAACGUCGCUUUCCUGUACUCUCAUGGAUCCAUCCAGAGAGUCAGGCAGCCAUAGUGCGUUGUGGUCAGCCUCAGGUGGGCCCUUUAGACCGUCGCUGUAAAGAAGAUGAACGAUACCUCCAGACUAUCCUUGAUGCCAAUGCCCAAUCACACAAACUCUGCAUCUUUGAUGCCCGUCAGAGCAGCGUGGCUAUCACAAACAAAGCCAAAGAUGGUGGCUAUGAGAAUGAGAGUUUCUAUCCCAACGUAGAAUUGAACUUCCUGGAGAUUCCCAACAUGCACGUCAUAAGAGAGUCCUUGCGCAAACUGAAGGAGGUGGUGUAUCCUGCCAUCGAUGAGCAGCGGUGGUUCUCCUCUGUGGAUUCCACACAUUGGCUGGAGUACAUCAGGCUGUUGCUAGCUGGUGCAGUGCGGAUAGCUGAUAGAAUCGAGUCGGGCAAGAGUUCAGUGGUGGUGCACUGCAGUGACGGCUGGGACCGCACAGCACAGCUCACUUCUCUGGCCAUGCUGAUGCUAGAUUCCUAUUACCGCUCACUGAGGGGCUUCCAGGUGCUGCUGGAGAAGGAGUGGCUCAGCUUAGGACACCGUUUCACCUCGCGUGUAGGACAUGGUGAUGAGAAUCACGCCAACUCUGAGCGUUCUCCUCUGUUUUUGCAGUUCAUAGACUGUGUUUGGCAAAUGACUAGACAGUUUCCCUCAGCAUUUGAGUUCAAUGAGCUGUUCCUCAUUACCGUAUUAGAUCAUCUCUACAGCUGCCUGUUUGGGACCUUCCUCUACAACAGUGAGCAGGAGCGAAACUCAAAGGGGAUGUUUACUAAGACAGUAUCACUGUGGUCAUACAUAAAUGGUCAGGCUGAAGACUUCACCAACCCACUCUAUCUAAAUUAUGAACAUCAUGUUUUGUACCCGAUGGCCAGUCUAAGGCACCUGGAGCUCUGGUUGAGCUACUAUGUACGCUGGAACCCUCGCAUGAUGCCUCAGGUGCCUAUUCACCAACAUCUGAAAGAACUGCUAGUUAUCAAGACAGAGCUGCAGAGAAGAGUGAAGGACCUUCAGAGAGAAGCCUCUUCAUCUCCAUCACUCUCCUCAUCUUCAGAGCUUGGGGGAACAGCUAUGCAAACCACUGUCUGAUGCAUACAGAGACAUGACUGACUCUGCAGUAAUUCUUUUUAUACCACAGUGCUGCCAGUGCUUGAUAUUGCUUAGUGAGGAAGUGUUAAUUAAUGUUCUAGCGGCUCUGGUGGCUGACAGUAGUACCAGCUGCAGGGCAGCUCACAGGAUCAACACACUCAUUCUAAUACAUUACCAUUUCUAUAGGAAAAACUUGUAUGGUGUCACAAAAAUUGGAUUUUUUAAAUAAUUUUCAUAAACAUUUAUUUAAUGGUCAAAGGAAAAACUGUAUCUAUACAUUUUCUACCAUGGGAGAGUCAGACAGAUGAAAAGACAGAGGACCUCUUUACAGUGAUAUGACAAGCUAUGUUUUCUAUUUAAAGAGAAAGAAAAGAGACUGAUAAGGGAACAACUGUUUAUUAUGUAAGAGAUAAGAGGAACUAACUUCAAUUUUAACUGUGUAGAUUUUUUAAAAAUGGUUAUUGUCACAAAACUUUUAAUUCAUUAAAUAAAUUUGAAGUUGCUCAUUGUCACAUAAUGGUUAAAGACAGUGUAUGACUAACUUUUAUCAUUAAAUUAAAAAUUUUAGUAUUAAAAGUAACUACACUGAACAAAAUUAUAAACACAACACUUGUUUUUGCCCCCAUUUUUCAUGAGCUGAACUCAAAGA